UCACUCAUUCAGCACCUCACCAUACUCUAUAACAGAAUUCUGGCGGGAACUCCUGACAACCGUACUGCCAGCCACCUCAGCUACCUUCUAGAACUUCCUACUCACUAUCCUCUCCAUGAUUAUAAAUGUUCAUUUUAACCGCUCGCGUUUUAGCGAGAGUGAGAGUGAGAGUGAGACUGUGAGAGAGAGAGGGAGAGAAGAAGAAGAAGAAGCAGCGAUGGCCGCGAUCAGGAGAACGCACUUAUUUGGGGCUCCGAGUUUUCAGCUGAGAGAAGCUCAAUUGCGUUUUGCAGGUUACGGUGCUAUCCCUACGCGCUUCCGAGAGUCUCAUCGGAACGUGGUUCUUGCACGCAAGGCUGGAAAUGCCGCCGGGAUUCUUCCCAUAAUCAGGGCUCAGACUCCCUCAGCAGUUCCGGAGGAUGAUCUAGAACCCAAUUUCUACAUCGUGGAAGCCGUUCUUAGGCCAUGCCAGAUCCCUAAGGUUUCUUCGGCAUUGUUGAAAAUGGGAAUUGGUGGAAUCACUGUGUCUGAUGCCAGGGGCUUUGGUGCUGAGGAUGAUUCAGAAGAGGGGCAAGGAGGUUCUGAAUUUUCUGAAGACAGUUUUAUUCCGAAAGUCAAGAUGGAAAUGGUGGUGAGGAAUGAUCAGGCUGAAAAUGUUGUCGUCAAAGUUGCUGCUGCAGUAUAUACUGGAAAGUUUGAUGGUGGCAAAAUAUUCAUGAUUCCUGUCUCAGAUGUUAUAAGAGUUCGCACAGGCGAACGUGGGGAACAGGCAUUGAGGAUGGCUGGGGGACAAAGUGACAUGUCUUCUGCUGUAUGAAGUAUAAACUGGUUGGGAUCAAUAUUAGCAUUUGGCCAUUAUGAUUUACUCUUUGAGCGGCUGCUUACUUAUACCUUUAGAUGGUUUGCAAUGAGCUAUACGAAAAUGCAUGGGUAGUUGUUAUUACUUGUGUAAUGUAAUGGAGACAAUUGUCCAUGAUAAUAAAUA